GACUUUUAUCUGCUGAAUUUGGAAUACAUCUCCAAAAGCACAUAUAGUUCUUUGAAAUUUGCAAACCAAGCAGGUUUAUUAUUUAAUUUUCCCCCCAUAAUUCCAAGAAAAUAUACCGUAGUCAAAACUGUUAGGGUUAGAAAAUUAUUCCAGAUCAACAAACAAUCAAAUUGAUGUCAUAAACCUUGGAGGUGGAACACAUCUUAAAAAAUCAUCAAAGCUCAGUUCUGAACAACAAUUUAUAAUAUGUUACCAUGGAGGAUUCCAUUAUUGGAGAUGGACAACAAGUUAGAUCAAACCAAGAAAUACCAGUUCACAUGAUGAGGAGGUUGCUGCUUGGAGAUAUUUCUCAAAAUAAUUUUAUUUGAUCAAAAAGACUAAAUCAUGAUCUAUCAAGAUCUGAAAUAUGCUCAGCCUGGGCAAAAUGCCAAGAUGAUUCAAAUAUUUCUAAUAUAAAUAAUAAUGAUUUUCUUAAUUAAUCAUUAUGAGAAAACAGCUGUAGGAAGAUUACAAAGAAAACAACAAAGAAACUAGCAUUUUAAACAGGAAGUUAAUGAUUAGUCAAGUAAGAUGUAAAUCACCAAAAGCUGUGAAAGUUAAACAUAACAGAAAGUUUGACAGUGAGAGAGAAGAGGGAAAGUUCAAUUAUGGACUACCCUAAACAUGGGACUGGUACCGUUAUGGUAAGUGUUGGGAAAAGAAAUGCCAAGAAGAAAUAUGGUGAUGAAUUUAUACUAUUCGAUCGGAGGAAAACAAAAAUUAUUGGAGUUAAAACCUCAAAGGGAAAUCAUGAAAAAAAGAAUUCGAGGAAUAAGACUAAGCCAAGUUUCAAUCAAAGGGAAGCCAAAAACAAAACCAAGAUGGAAGAUAAUAUGACAUUACAAAAAGAUAUCCUUAAACAUGUUACUUCAUUCAGUGGAAAGGGAAUUAAGAAAAAUAAGGAUUCUAAAAAUCUGGCAAGCCAUCAAAACCAUUUAACCAAGGGCCUGAGUAAUGAACAUGCCAUCGCUGAGAACGUAGCUGAGAUCAGAGAUGUAUUUAGAUGUAAUACUUGCAAUGGUUGCUUUUUAUGGAAAAAGCCAUUUCUGGAUCACCUGAUAAUUCAUCCUUGUAAACUGCCUUAUGAAUGCUGUAUGUGCAUGAAAAGAUUUAGCACCUUUAUCAGUUAUCUGACUCAUAAACAAAAGAUUCAUGUUUUAAAAAGUAGUUCUUCCUGGUCAAAGUUGAAGCACAAAAAGCCUGGUCAAGACGGAACUCAUUCUCUAUUCCCUUCUGACCAGAGCAAUCAACAUUUUAUGAAUAUGUACAAAUUGCUAAAGCACAAAGUGAAAACUCAUCUGAAAAUAUUGCAGACAAAGGCUAAGCCUUAUGCAUGUAAACCAUGUGGGAAAUCUUUUAAAGACAGAAAUAAUUUAUGGUUACACAAGAAAAGACACCCAAAUGCAGUGAAGCCCUAUAAAUGUGAUCUUUGCAAUCGUGAAUUUGCCGUUCAUAGGUGGUUAUCUGAUCAUAUGCAACGCCACACCGUGGAGAGGAACUUUCCUUGUGGGCUAUGUGGAAAAAAAUAUCUGACCCUAGGCGAUGUAAGAAUGCAUGAACGCAGACACACAAAAUUGGCCAUAUUUAUUUGCUCUUACUGUGACAGGAAAUUUAUCUACCAGUCCGAGUUAAAAGCUCAUCUUCAGAAGCAUCAAGGCAUCCGCUCAAACAAAAAUAUCAAGUGCGAAAUGUGCAGCAAAGCAUUUUCCACCAGAAGAGAUCUAGGACGACAUCUUACUGUUCACACAGGAGCUAAACCCUUUAAGUGUGAAAUCUGUGAGAAAUCUUUCUCUCAGGAAAUCAAUAUGCAAGUCCACAUCAAAAUCCAUAGAGGGGACAAACCAUACCGUUGUGAUAUAUGCCCAAAAAAAUUCAUUGCAAAAAGUAAACUCGUCCGCCAUCAACGAUGCCACUCCACCCCUAAAGGCUUACUCCCUAGACCAUUCCAGUGCAUACUUUGUCCAAAGAAGUACACUGCGGAAAAUAGCCUCAUUCGGCACCUGAAAAUACACAAAAGCUCUCCAGAAACAGUCACAAAAUUCACUACUGCUUUAACCAAGGCACUUGAAGACUCAAAGAAACCUGAUUCAUCUGCAAGCGCUGGUGGGGUACUUGCCAGCAUGAUUGACCAGGCUAUCUGUGAUGCACGCCAAAUGGCAAGAAGAAAAAAGUUGUUGGGAAUUAAAGAUCCAUCAUUGGCUACCAUCAUUGACCAGGCAAUUCAUAACUCAAUUCCUAAGUCCUCCUCCUCUUCUAGCACUCAAACACAAAUAGAAGUAGACGAAUUUACCACCCAUAUUGAUCAACAAAUUGAGAUUAUCCAUGUUGAUACACAACUGCCCUCAAGUUCUUCCGAGGACUCGGUCCCAAAGCUGCCUCUGGACUCAGGAGACAGGACUUCUUCUACAGACAUCCCUAGAGACGCAUCCACAUGUUCAUAUCUUUUAAAACUUAUCAGUGAUGCUGUUAGUAAAUCUAACAAUCCAACUCGGCCUGCCGAUUGCGCUAGUGAAAAAUUGCCGCUUCCCAUGCAAUUUGAAUUAAUUUCCUCAGGCUCAUCACAAACUGUCACAGUUGAGCCCAAAACGUCAGUCAUUAAUACUGCUCCAACCUUAAGUAAUUCAUACAGACAAAUGAAGCAUCGCAGAAUUGUUUCACUUAAUCAAAGAGCAGCAGCCGUCGCAGAGCAGUUAAGUUCAAAUAUAAUUGUGCCUCCAUCGUUAUAUCCAGAAAUAUUUCAACUCAUGGCAUCAGAUGGCACUCCAGCAAUCACCAAUCCAAAUCAUGGAUUGGCUGCAACUUCAUCAAACAAUUCAUUAAUCGUCUUCUCAUCUCCACAAUCAUCGUGCACAGAAGUUUCUCCAACAUUGCCCAUUCUGCACAAAGCCCAGCAUAUGGUAGAUCAGACGGCCAUGUCAAGGAGUGCUAACUUGAACCAAGCUGUCCGGGUAAAGGAUCUUGGUCUUACAUGUGCUCUUGGGAACAGAAUUGUGCAUGAUCCGGGAUCUAACCAUAUUCAACAAACUGUUUUAAGUCAAAAUAGGACAAGACUAAUAAAAAAAGAACACUUCUAUCUCAUUCAUCCCAACAGUGACCACAAAAACAGUCUAAUUUUGUCUCCUUCAAGUUCUACCAGAGUGCAGCCUUUUGUUCUGACAGCUGCCAAUGGACAGACAUUCCUGUUGCAAUCAAAUCCUUUUUCCCUGGAACAUUCGACUCAGUACCUCCUGUCAUCAGACAGUGCAGCUGGCAAUGGGGAUAUAGACCUCUACGAUGCUGAUGUUGAAAUAAUGGGAGAAAAUAUUUCACACUGAGGGUGGGGAGAUCUUUUAAAAUGUGAUGGUAAAAAAUGUAAUUUGAAGGUGUUGUCAAGAUUUUAUCUGAUUAGUCUUUAAAUAAUUUAUUGGCUAUGUAUAAAUGCUGAUUUUUUUAAAAACUAUUUCUUGAAUUUAUGUUGCUAUGAAUUAUUGUACCAUUAUAUUGAGCAAAAUAAGAAUGUUGUUAUUCAAUUCUUUAUAUAUGUCUCUUGUGACGUACUGAUUCUACCUAGAUCAAACUAUACUAUGGGGUAAACUAGGAUCAAGACGUUUUACUGGCAGCAAAUAUUGUCGUAAGUGACAAAUACAAAGCUGUCAUAUAUGUAGAUUUAUCUAGUGGGCAC